AUGGUUAAACUCGAAUUCUUCGCUGUGGAUCAUUCUGCCCGUCAUAACCUAGCUCAUACAUCAGCGCAUCCAGUGUCCAUCUCAGAGCUUGAAUCAAUUGCUAGUGGAGAGGAUUACGACGACUUCCUCCCUUCUCUUCUAUCUCAGCCUCUCGACUACCCUGCAGAUUUUGCCGGCCUGCCCCCCCUGCGAAAGAAGAUUGCGAAACUCUAUUCAGAUAACUUGCCAUUUGAAAACGUGUUGACAACCGCCAGCGGAUCUCUUGCCAAUUUCAUUGUUUUUUAUGCUUUGAUUGGCCCGGGGGAUCAUGUCAUUGUCACUUCUCCUGGUUAUCCCCAGCUUCAAGCUGUCCCGGGCUCGUUAGGUGCAGAGGUGAGCUAUUGGAAGGCCAAGGCCCAUGACAAGUGGAGCUUCGACCCUAAGGAGUUAGAAGGACUUAUCAAGGCCAACACCAAAAUGAUCGUCAUCAACAAUCCUCUCAACCCUCUGGGAACUGUCCUCUCCGACACAGAACUGCGCAAGAUCAUCGAAAUCGCUUCUGAACAUUCUAUCAUCGUGUUUUCCGACGAGAUCUACCGGCCGACUUUCUACCCCUCGGCUGGCGACGAAGAUGAAACUCCGCCUUCCAUUAUCUCCUUAGGCUAUGAAAAUACCAUAGCCACAUGCGCCCUAUCAAAGAGCUAUUCCCUUGCGGGAAUCCGCAUCGGUUGGCUCGCGUCCCAUAGCCGAAACAUCAUUGAGCUUUGCGACAAUGCUCGGGCUUAUUGCCUCAUUACAACAAGCCAGUUAGACGAACGCGUUGCCGAUUUUGCAUUGCAUUCAAAACGUUCCGCUGCCAUCAUACAGCGGAAUAUUUUGCAGGCAGAGAGGAACAAGUUCAUCGUGCAAGCUUUUAUUGACAAAUAUCCCAAUAUUUGCAGUUGGGUUGCACCUGCAGGAGCAGCCAUGGGUUUCAUCAAAUUCACGCGAGAAGGAAAGCUGGUGGAUGAUGUAACUUUAUGUCAAGUACUUCAUGAGGAGCAGGGAGUCCUUCUGGUCCCAGGAACCUGCUUUGGGAAGGAAUUCGCAGGUUGGGUUCGCAUUGGUCUUGGCAUGCCAUCUGAUCGGCUUAGAGAGGGCUUGGAAGUGAACUCCAUGGUCUCUCAACACUUCAAGAUCAAAAUGGUUGGCGAAAGUAUUACGGUCGGAGUCAUUGGGGCAACUGGCAAGACGGGCCAGUCUGUGGUCGAUGGUUUGCUUAGCUCCGAUCUCGAUUUCGUCGUUACCUCCUUCACUCGAAAACCAUCGGUCGGUAGCGCGGCAAAUCAGAAGCUGAAGGAUAGGGGCGUCGAGGUUUCGGGCUAUGACCUAGAAGGCCCGAAAGAGACCCUUGUCGCCCAACUGAGAGGCAUUGAGGUUUUGAUUUCCUGUAUAACAUGGGAACAUCUCAAUCAACAAUUACCUUGGAUUGAUGCAGCUAAAACGGCUGGUGUGAAGCGUUUUGUACCCUCGGAGUGGGUUGGGCCAGCACCCAGGGGCGUGAUUGACAUCAAAGACCAGAAAUUGGAGAUCCUCGGUGCCAUUCAGCGAGCGGGCUUACCAUACACCAUUAUUGAUGUCGGUUGUUGGUUCCAGGUUUUUAUUCCCAAGAUACCUUCUGGCAAAUCAGAUCAUGCGCAUAUGAAGUACAUUGACCACAGCAUUGUUGGGGACGGGAACCAAAAGUUUGCCAUGACAGAUAUGACAGACGUUGGAAAGUAUGUCGCACAAAUCAUUGGAGAUGAUCGAACUCUCAACAGACGUGUUCUGGCAUAUACUGAGGUCCUGAGCAUGAACGACAUAUGGGGCACUAUGGCGAAAAUAAGCGGGGAAGAGCCCCCCAGAAACUACGUUUCUGAAGCCGAGCUACACCAAAUUAUUGCGACCUCUGGCACAAGGCUCAAGGAGAGUUCUGAGAGCGCAACACAUCCAAGCAACAUCAUGGACAUUGCUCAAUAUAAUAUGGGACAGUACCGUCUUUCUUGGUGCGUUAGAGGAGACAAUACACCAGAGUACGCUGAUUACUUGGGGUACUUGGACUUUUGGAAGGUCUUCCCGAGGUUUGAGGGAGGUAGAACUCUUGAACAAUUCUUUCAAGACAUAGUCAACGGAGGGUCGCCAGGAUAUAUCAUGGAAUAG